AUAGUGUACAUAUAACAAUAGUUGAAAAGUUUAUUUUCAUAAGCCAGAAUGGAUGCUAGUAGACGUGUCUGCAUCUCGAGUUUCCUCAUCUUGCUAUUAUGGUGCGAGACCGGAUACUGCUGCAAGGCGGAGAGGGUUCGCAGAGGCUUAAAAACAAUGGCUGCUGCGCAAGAGCCGGUCGUCUCUACAUUGCAAGUGAAUGAUUUUUCAACAUUUCGUCAGCAUAUGGCCAAAACAAUGGGCAUCAGUGAGACUUUGUUGUCUUCGAAAAAGAUUGAAGAGUUGUAUAAUAAAGAAAUUGUUGGUAAAAAGAUUGACUACACAGACCCUGCACAGAAAUCUUCUAUUACAGUACUUUUGCUGACAGCAUUGUGUUCCUUAUGUCCUAACACCGACUGCGACUUUUGUAUCCGAAGUUGUAAUAAACCGUGUCCUUAACUGUUUUCCUGUGAUUACAGCAGUGUGAAUUGACGCUAUAAUGAUUUUAUUAAACUAAUUAUGAGAUACUUUUUGUUUGUAAAUUUGUUUUGUGAACGGAACCUAAAUUCUGAAAUGAAUUGGGAGAGCUUCUGUUGUCAUCAUUUUAGCACAAACCUCCAUAGAUAAUAGUGCAUCGACUGUUGAACCGGAAAGCGGGGAUGGAACCUCCCGAUACUUAUAACUUUCGUCUCCAUUUUUUACAGUUCGUUUUACAUCCGAUGUACCUAUAUCAUAUUAUCCAUUAUACAUGUAAACUGAAAAUAUUGUUAAAUCGAACAUUUCGUUUACAAGUCAUAGCAGUGUUUGCACAUCUCAAGUUUUUAUGUAUCAGUGUGUUUUAUGUAAUUUCCAUAUUUUUAAUAGACACAUGACAGAAGAACACUGUAUUUGUGAAAUAGUGUAUAAUUGCAGUAACAUUGACUGUAUCUCCACACAGGAGCAGUGUAUACAAAGUGCGCUAUUUCUCUGACAUCGCCGUGACCCUUGUGGCAUACAGACACUAAAUAGAAAAAUGGCGCGAAAAAAAACGCAUAAUGGCGGAUACAAAUAGUCCUCAGAUUUUUUUUGCUCUAUAGAGCUUUUUUCCUUAUUUUCUUUGCAAUUGUUUUGCUAAAAUCACAUGACAGAUCUAUGCUUGACAUGUAGGUAGCAUUUUCAUAAUGAAAUAACAACAUGACAAAAGUUUUCAUGGAAACUUAGAUCAUACACCACCAGUAUAAUUUGGGGUCUCAUUUUUUAGCUGAUUUUGCAGUUUGUGUUUGACUGAAAUUAUUUUUCUUGCAUCAAACAUGACCCCCACUUUUCUUUUGAUUUUUAGUUAGCACUGACAAUAUUCUUCAAGAAAAUGUAAGUUACAGACAUUUAAAAUGGGUCCAGAUGUGUGCUGCGGUCAUUGGAAAUAGGUCAAUUUUAUAUAGAAUAAAGAACAACAACUAUU